UUCAGGUAGAUGCUCAACAGCUAAAUCCUGCUAGAGAGGGGCUGUUGUGGUAGGAACAAAGUUUGGAGGUCAGAGGGUUAUCACUGUUUCCUGCCUUCACCAACUCCCCCACUGCCACCACACAUUUGCACAAACAGAAGAGAGGCCUGGCUAGCUGCUGAAGCUGCAGGAUUCUUAUGGCUGCCUGUAAGAAAGAGGAAGAAGAAACAACCUUACGUAACUGAGAUGCAUCUGCAAUCAAGGACCAAAAGCCUGCCUGCUUCAGUUUUCUUGGUUGUUUUCUGUCUGGAAGGCCAGCAGGCUCUGCCAUAGAAGAUGUGUGAGGAAGAGGACAGCACUGCCCUUGUUUGUGACAAUGGGUCGGGGCUCUGUAAAGCCGGCUUCGCCGGGGACGACGCUCCAAGAGCCGUUUUCCCGUCCAUUGUGGGUCGUCCCAGGCAUCAGGGUGUGAUGGUUGGUAUGGGUCAGAAAGACAGCUAUGUGGGUGAUGAGGCUCAAAGCAAGAGAGGAAUCCUGACCCUGAAAUACCCCAUAGAGCACGGCAUCAUUACAAACUGGGACGACAUGGAGAAGAUCUGGCAUCAUUCUUUCUACAACGAGCUGCGGGUUGCACCUGAGGAGCACCCAACUCUGCUGACUGAAGCACCCCUGAAUCCCAAAGCCAACCGUGAGAAAAUGACACAGAUUAUGUUUGAGACGUUCAAUGUGCCAGCCAUGUAUGUAGCUAUUCAGGCCGUUCUGUCCCUCUAUGCCUCUGGACGUACCACAGGGAUCGUGCUUGACUCUGGGGAUGGCGUCACCCACAACGUGCCGAUCUACGAGGGCUACGCCCUGCCACACGCCAUCAUGCGCCUGGACCUGGCUGGCCGGGACCUGACAGACUACCUCAUGAAGAUCCUGACGGAGCGGGGAUACUCCUUCGUCACCACUGCGGAGCGUGAAAUUGUCCGUGACAUCAAGGAAAAGCUCUGCUACGUGGCCCUGGACUUUGAAAAUGAGAUGGCCACUGCUGCAUCUUCCUCCUCUCUGGAAAAAAGCUAUGAGCUUCCUGAUGGUCAGGUGAUCACCAUUGGAAAUGAACGCUUUCGGUGCCCAGAGACCCUCUUCCAGCCAUCUUUCAUUGGCAUGGAGUCUGCUGGCAUUCAUGAAACCACUUACAACAGCAUCAUGAAAUGUGACAUAGACAUCAGAAAGGAUCUUUAUGCCAACAAUGUGCUGUCUGGAGGCACCACAAUGUACCCGGGUAUUGCAGACAGGAUGCAGAAGGAAAUAACUGCUCUGGCUCCUAGCACCAUGAAGAUCAAGAUCAUUGCUCCUCCUGAACGCAAGUACUCGGUCUGGAUUGGAGGCUCCAUUCUUGCUUCCCUCUCUACUUUCCAGCAGAUGUGGAUCAGCAAACAGGAAUAUGACGAAGCUGGCCCAUCCAUUGUUCACCGCAAAUGCUUUUAAAUUGCUUUUUCUUUAUAUGUCUCCUUAGCGUGAAUGUAUUCAGGGAAGUACAUUCUUAUAAUUCCAUUCCAUAAAACCUACAUCAUAAUUAAUCUAAUUAAUUGGAUACUGUGUAUUUCUUAAAAUAAAUUUUAAAUAUGCUAUGAAA